AUGGCCGCUGCGCCUGUAGCGCCAGCCGCAGCUACGACUACCAUGGUCGAUGAGAAAGCCGUCCUCCCUUCCACUGUCGAAAUCUCGAAUCCUGAGGGUCGGCCAUCGUGCUUCAAAUCGACUACGCAAGAAGUGCUGUUCGUGUUGACAGCAACUAUGGCAAUAGCGAUGGGCGCCUUCCUGAGUGGAGCUGUUUCUGUCAUAUCCGCUUCUGUUGGAGCCGACCUGGGCAUGACUACAGCGGAGAUCACCUGGAUGAGCUCGGCCAAUACGUUGGCUGGUGGCGCAUUCUUGCUGUUGUUUGGAAGGCUGGCUGACUGCUUUGGACGAAAGUCAUUAUUUGUGGGCUCACUCUUCAUCUUUGCCGUCUUUUCACUCGCCGCUGGCUUUUGCAAAACACCAAUUGCAAUCGAUGUGCUCAACGGACUCAUGGGGCUCAUGACAGCGGCCUCUGUACCUCCUGCUCAAGGACUUCUGGGCACCAUCUACGAGAAACCUUCGCGACGAAAGAAUGCAGCUUUUGCUUGCUUCUCUGCUGGUAAUCCACUGGGCUUUGUGUUUGGCACUAUCUUUNCUGGAAUCGCUAGUGAUAUAUUCAACUGGCGAGCUAGCUUUUUCCUUCUGGCCAUCAUCUAUCUCGUCUUCAGUGUUCUGGCUAUCUUCACAGUUCCCAAGGAUACUACACCAAAAGAACCAUUUACCUGGGAGACUUUUCAGAAACUCGAUCCUAUUGGAGUCAUCUUGACCAUUGCUGGAGUAGGCAUGUUCUGUGCUGCUCUCUCUUCCGGCGACACGGCACCACAAGGCUGGAAAACAGGCUACAUCAUUGCCAUGCUGAUCGUUGGCGCCUUGCUGAUUGUCGCCUUUGUCGUUUGGGAGAACUACUACCCGCAUCCAUUGGUUCCCAUGUCCAUCUGGCUCGACAAGAACUUUUCACUCCUCAUGGUUGUCUUGCUUCUGGGCAUGAUGUCUUUCUCCGUCGGCGAAUUCUUCCUCGCUCUCUACAUGCAAGAAGUCUGGAAAUGGACACCUUUGACUACUGCAGUGCAUUUACUUCCCAUGGCCAUCAUGGGCAUCAUCGUCAACAUUGUUGCCGCCUUUGUCAUGCACAAAAUCAGCAAUAAGGCUCUCAUGCUCACCGGCUGCUUUGGCUACAUCUUGGCGUUCACGCUCAUCGCCGUCAACACCAUCCACUCCUCCUACUGGGCUUUCUGCUUCCCGUCUUUUCUGUUUGCAGUCGUGGGCGCAGACCUCGAGUUCAAUGUCGCCAAUCUCUAUGUCGCGAGCUCCAUGCCUGUGCAUCAACAAUCCAUUGCCGGCAGUAUCGUCCAAACCAUUACCAAGUUAUGCCAAUCUGUAGGCUUUGGAAUUGGAACUGCGGUGUUUAACGCUGUGGGCAAAAGCGCUAGACCAGCAGGCUAUUGGGACGUACAGACCAAACCUUACUCUGCGGUCUUUUGGUUCGCGGCUGCGGCUAGUGGGGUGAGUAUUGUUUUUGCUUUGUUUUUGACGAUUGGGACUCAAGGGGGUAAGGAAAAGGAAGUUGAGGAUGAAGGCGGGGAUGGGCAGAGGAGUGAUGAAGUACAGAGAUAG